UACGUCAUUGUUAGCUAAGAAUGCUAAGGCCCUCUGGACUAAAACAAACCUCAAUUUCACCCACAGUAAACCGACGACACUCCUUGACAUGCUGACCCACGACCAGAAACGGCUGUGGAAGUACGUGGAAGAGGGCAGCUUGCUCAAACUCAAGUCCUACCUGCGGAAGCACCAGGACUUGGACGUGAACUUUACCCAGGGCAAGAGACAGAGGAGCCCGCUGCAUCUGGCGUGUAGCCUGGGGGACGACGCCAUGCUGCGGCUGCUCCUCGAACAUGGAGCUGAUGUGCUCCGGAGGGAUAGGAAGGGAGAUACGGCACUACACGUCGCUGUAAACAGGUCCCUGAAACACGGGAAAACGGCAUAUGACGACUUGGUUGUGCCUCUCAGAAAGAGUUGUCCGGAGGCCAUGAACGCCUCUAACAUUGCUGGAGUGACGCCCCAGGACCUCCUGAACUGGACCAAACACUCAGAGAAGACUGCCGCAAGCACAAGCACCCGGUCAGAGGAUGAUCCGGAACGAGACUGGAUGGAAAAGCUAUUUGGCGAAUGUGAGGACGAGUUCUGUGAAACAUUUGGAGUUUAUGACGCGGACGACUUCCUUCCUGUUGAUGACGAAGAAGAGGACUAUGGGGAUUGGGCUGACCGUAUUAGAAGAGAAUAUUUCUCUAAGAAGCACGCAGAAGCUCAGAGAAUGGCGGCAUCGUCAUCGUCUGGCUGGAAGAAGAAGAAGAGCAAGCGAGAAGGAGAGGAGCAGAGCUACAAGGAGCUGCAUCAGAGGCUCCAGAAAGAACACGAGGAGUAUUUGGCACGUGCCACACGCAAAGAAGAAGAGACCCGUCAGGGCAAGAAACGCCGCUAUGAUCAGAUGUGUGCGGCCACCUUCAACGCCGCGGCGGCUGACGACAGGGAAGCCAAGCUGCUCAGCUACGGCGACAUCCCCUGGCCGGCUCCACGCGGCACCGUUCAGGAGAUGGCGGACGUGAUGCUGCACGGCGUGGACCGCAAGGAUGCUGUGGGCUUUCGGAAGGCACUACGGAAGCAACAGACGCUGUGGCAUCCCGAUAAAUUUGCACAGAGGUGCGAGGCAAGGCUCGAGGAAAAGGACAAGCAGAGGAUCCUUGAUACAGUGACUGCUCUAUCGCAGGAACUCAACAGGCUGGCUCAGGGUCUGAGGACGUGAAGUCUCUUCAUUAGGUAGACAUACACUAAAGAACUGUGGAAUUUAACAGUUUAUUGUUAUUGUGAUGGUAGUAUCAUGCUGAGAUCUUAUUUAGGGGGGCAAAAUAUUAAUAACUAAAACCACAGUAAUAAACAACUUUGUGAAAGAGGGAUUUUUUAAAACUUUAAAUUAUUACGGUUUAGGUUUUCUGUUUAUGUGUGGUCUUCUGCUGAAUUUACUGUGAUCCAUUGCUGUAUCUUCAUGUCUGAGGGUAUUCAAGAUUAAAUCAGAUAACAUGAC